AUGACGAUGAUUGUUGCAAAUUUAGAUGGUUUCAUCAGUUUGUUAAUAGUUGUAUUUGUUGUAUAUCCUGGCAAGCCUGCUCUAUUGGAGGACUUAACUUCUAAAUUUGCCAUCAAGCUGUACGUGACUGAACCAGGCAAAUUAACUGUCCUUACAUCGCUGCCAUCACCAUCAAGAGCCGCAGUAAGGCAAGCCACUGUCGACAUUUUCAACGAUGCUACCCAACGUCACACUCGUCUGAGAGACGACUUCAUCAUAACCCAGCAGAAUAUUACGUACAAUAACAACUCAAAGGAUGCUUGCGGUAACACUAGCAACAGUAACGAGUUCUUUCCCAUCGUCAGUUAUCAUCUCAUGGUGGAGCUCACUCCACCGCAAUGGAACGUACCACCGGAAGUUCAAGAGUUCAUAACUUGCCGAGUGGAUAAUGCUGAUGCGUACACAUUCAAAGCAAGGCUUGCUUCCAACGAUGAGAAAAAGAAUGAUGACGACGUUGCGUGGUUGGAGGAUGACGAUGAGAACAAUGAGGAAAAUCACUGGCUGCCCAUGAAAACGGAUUGGAACACAUCGCAGUUUCACAUCACCAAAGUGACUUCAAAUGAAACCCACACAAAUUCCUCUUCCUCCUCACUUUCACCUGGCGACACCAUUUAUGAGGUAUUGGUGGACAGAGAGGUGAUUGCGUCGUUACUCAACAAAAGCAUAUUGAAGCUCACGUUGAACAUAUCCUGCCAAAACAUCGGUGAGACGUACAGGACGCACGGCUCAUUUGUCACAUCAACAAUUUUCUAUCCACCCGAUUUGUUGGCCACUCGACAGCCACCGAUCUUCAUCGACCCCUUCCCAAUUAACGACCGCCAGUUGCCGCCGACUCCUCCUCAUCCGCUCUCCUUCUGCCCAACAGUGAAACAGUUUUCAGUGUCUGAGAAUGUGAUGGGCGUGACAAUGGGGGAGAUGUGUUGUGGGGGGUUGUCCAUUCACAAGGAAGAUUCCUUGAGUCUGGACUCAGUGGACAGGAGUGACUUGAUGGGCGUUCGCUGGGGUGGGGGUGGGCACGAGAACGACAGCACCGAUGAUCCGUGGUUCGGGGGUGCUGGUAGUAACGACAGGAGCAACUCGUCAAGUCUUGAUGGCAACAAGUGGCUGACCGAUAUCAUAGAAUGCACGUUUAACGCAAGCGGAGAAAGCACUAGCGAAGAUUAUUCGUCAAACUUUCAAAUACGACAGAACCUGCUGACCUUAGUUGCGCCUCUGAACCACGAGAAGGAUUCAAACGUGGUGAUGGACUACCACUGCCUGUUUGCGUCAUCAGCAACUUCCUCCGAAGACGGGCAGGGCUCCGAGGACACCUCCUCCAUUGAUGCCAAUUCAGAUUCCUCUUUGAGGAAGCAUUGUCGGGGAGUCGUUCAGGUUCGAAAUGUCAACGACCUGAUGCCCAAAAUACUGAGCGAUGACGACGAUGAUGAGGACGAGUUGAAAAACUAUUUGAAAGUGAAACACAAGGUUUACGACUGGAGAUUCAAACAAAAGCAGAUCUUAUACAACUGCCUUGCAUUCGUCGACGACAAGACCUCAGAAAGAAAUGCUUAUCACGUGAGUCUGGGAGGGAGGAGUGACGUCAUUGGAGUUGAAAUCAGUGAUGAGAUUGUGCUUGGAAUGUUGAGAUGCGUCGAUGUUGUAGCUAUAAAGGACUUCAACAUGACGAGCAGUUCUCAGCCUGAAUUACGAAUUGUCAUUGAAAUCAACGAUACGACCUACGUACCGACACCAUUACAUCACCAUGGUGCCGUUGCUAGGGGUCGUCAUCGUUAUAAUGAGGACGACGACGACGACGAUGACAACCGGCACUCACCAAUUAUAAAGUACGACUUUACAUUAUCGUUGACGAGGCACAUGCAGCCGCGUAGACGCACCGUCCUUGAAAGGAUGCAUCUCGACACUUCCCACAUCUCGCCCUACCUCAGGGUUACCACCACUUCAUAA